AUGAUAGUAAGCUUUUUCGACCAAUUCUCAAGCCCAUUUCUUAUAGGAAUUCCCCUAAUAGCACUCGCCAUGCUCCUCCCCUGAAUUCUUCUCCCAACUCCUGCUUCUCGAUGAUUAAGCAAUCGGUUAUUAACCUUACAAAGCUGAUUCCUCAAUAUGUUUACACGACAACUGCUUCUGCCCAUUAACCUCCCUGGGCACAAAUGAGCCUUAAUCCUGGCUUCGUUAAUAAUUUUCCUUCUCAGCCUAAACCUACUAGGCCUUCUUCCCUACACCUUCACCCCUACUACUCAAUUAUCGGUCAACUUAGGCCUUGCAUUCCCCUUGUGAUUAGGAACGGUCCUUAUUGGGUUCCGCAACCAACCAAACCUCUCUCUAGCCCACAUAUUACCAGAAGGUACCCCCCUACUACUUAUUCCCAUCCUCAUUAUUAUUGAGACAAUUAGCCUACUAAUCCGACCUAUUGCACUAGGUGUGCGACUUACAGCAAAUCUCACAGCCGGACAUCUCUUAAUUCAACUUAUCUCGACUGGUUUCUUUGUUCUUCUCCCCCUUAUACCCGCUGUAGCAGGCCUCACAGGCAUCCUCCUUCUAAUACUCUCCCUCCUGGAAGUAGCCGUUGCAAUCAUUCAAGCCUACGUUUUCGUCCUUCUCCUAAGCCUCUACCUACAAGAAAACGUCUAA